CCCUAAUACAGCAAGUCCGUGACCAUUUCCGUGGCUCUAAUCAAAAUUACUUAUUACAAUCGCCUACGGCGCCGCUUUAAGCUUUCUUCAUGGCGCCGGCGAAACCAAAGCCUACGGUCGUCGGAGAAAUGACGAUCAUAUGGGAUUUUGAUCGAACGAUUAUGGACGACGAUAGUGAUCGCUGGCUGGUGGUAGAAAUGGGCUUGACCCAAUUGUUUAAUCAGCUUCGCCAAACAUUGCCAUGGAAUUCUCUCAUGGAUCGUAUGAUGGAGGAGCUACAUUCUCAGGGAAAAACAAUCGAAGACAUCAUAAACUGUUUAAAUCGUGUCCCUUUAGAUCCACAUAUCAUUUCAGCCAUUAAAUCAGCUCAUGCUCUUGGAUGUGAUUUGAAGGUACUCAGUGAUGCUAACAAACUUCGAAUCUUUCCAUAUCAUGAUUCAACUUUGCCUCCCCAUGGCUGCAAUCUUUGUCCUCCAAAUUUGUGCAAGGGAUUAGUUUUGAAUCGAAUACAAGAUUCAAUGUUGGAAUCAAAGGGGGUGAUAAUCUACAUUGGAGAUGGUGGAGGUGAUUUUUGUCCAACUUUGAAGCUUGGAGAAAAAGACCAUGUGAUGCCAAGAAAAAACUUCCCAUUACAUCAUUUGAUUUCCAAAUCAUCUGUACCUAUUAAGCCAAAAGUUCAUGAAUGGAGUGAUGGAGAAGAACUCAACAAGAUUCUGCUUCACCUUAUUAAUCCAGUAGACUGAAUGCACCAAAAAACUAAAAUAUUCUUUAAGUGAUGAAACUUGGUAUUUGUUGUGCAAGAUUUGCACAAACUACAGUAGCAUUUGUAGCUAAAAGUUUUUAGGAGAUUUUGUGCAUUGCUCAUAAAUAAUCUAACUUGUUGCUUGGAGGUGUGUAUUUUAAUUCAUGUAUUGAUAAAAGUUGGUAACUUUGAGCUAUAAUUUGUUGUUAACGAGUCAAACGGAUUUUAUUAAAAGAAGUUGACUUGUAAAAAGACAGC